AUGCCAUCUAUUUUACGACCACCGAGGAACACGAUAUGCGGAUCAUGCUACGAAGGUGCUCGAACCACUAUCGCACUGCUCAAGAAGCUUGAUGGCUCGAAAGAAGAUAAUGGCAAAUUGACCGAUAAGUCCACCUUCAACAAUGGCUCCGCUCUUUCUUCUCCUUUGUUUUCUUUGAUCUUCAAGAAAAUUCUAGAUUCAGACGAAUACAAAACCGCCACAGAAUACGCGAUAACGCUCCAAGAACUAAAGUCAGAGGAACUUCAAGCUCUCUUGGGUGGAGUUUCUAUACACCGGCACAUUGCUUCAGACAAGUUGGAGAAACAUGUAUAUACUUUGUUUGUUGCAGCUGAUAGGUACACGAUUCAUUACUUGUAA